AUGUCAACUCUCUGUGGUGCGAACGAACGAGAUGCAAAGUUAAGAUUUUAUUUCGAUUCAUUCAACAACUUUACUGAAUAUUCGAUAUCCGAAGCACACAAAAUAUUUCUGACGUCAUGGUACAAGCCGCAUCACGGGACUGUGAUAUUUGCCCACGGAUUUACAGGCAAGCCUACUGGACCAGCAAUCACCGAAGUCAUUACAACAUAUUUAGACCAAGGAGAAAGUAAUGUGGUAUUACUCAAUUGGGAUUACUUGGCUUCGGCGCCAACGUCAAGUCUUGCCAAUUCAUAUCUCAACUGGGCUGCCCCCAACGCCAGACAGCUGGGAGUUGAUCUUGUCGAUGCCUUUAUUAGUCUCGCUAAUGCUGGACUAAGUCUGAAUGAAACGCACCUGAUCGGUCACUCACUCGGCGCGCAUAUUUGGGGCAUUGCUGGCAGCAACAUGAUGUCAAAAGGAAUAGUAUUACCACGAAUCACGGGGUUAGAUCCCGCCGCUGCAGGUUUUGAGAAGAAACGUACUCAAAAACUUGAUACUUCUUCAGCUGCGUUCGUGGACAUUAUUCAUACGGAUUUUAAUAAGUACGGAAUGAGGACGUCAACAGGCACGGUAGACUUUUGGCCCAACUUCAAGAUGGGUCCCGCUGUCAAGCAGCCUGGUUGUCCACAUCAUCCGACUCCAAUGUUUUCUAGAGACGAUUUAUGCAGUCACAAUAGGAGUUGGCAACUUCUGGUGGAUGCAAUUAAAUAUCCGGGAGUUCUAAUAGGAUCUUACGCUAGGAACUACAGGACGUGGAAGAAUUAUUCUAAGGCAGAGAGGGAAGCUGUCACUUUGCAUCUUGGCAAAUAUGAUAAAAACUUACGUCCGGGAAAUUACUAUCUCGUGACAAGAUCUGAAUCACCUUAUGGACUUGGAAGAGAUGGACUUUAAUAAUACAUAAAUUAU